UGAAGCCUGGGUUUGCUAAGGUGGGGCGGUUCUACGAAUGAAGGCAUGUGCACUAUUUAUUGUACUCUGCAGACAAUCUCAUGUCAGUUCUGCUGCUGAGCACAGACUUUCAUGUACCCAGCGUUGUGACUUCCACUUUUCGCACCAGUGAUAAACUACUGACCAAGAUCUUUUCAGGAAAUUAAUGGUUUUAGGAUCUCCGGUGUAAGGUGGAAGAACAUUACAGCACUGCCAGAAACAAUAGUGAGCAACCUUGGACCUGCUGGGUGGCACAGACGGAGCACCCUCUGUAGGAAGUCAGAUGUUACAGAUGACCACGCAGAUUUCAUCUUUAUAUCCUCUGGAAGAAGCCAUGGCGAAUACAUCAGGUUGCAGUAUUGAUGACUUUCGUAACCAAGUUUACUCUACGGCAUACUCCAUGUUUACCCUCUUUGGUCUUGUCGGGAACAGCUUUGCUUUGUUUGUUCUCCUAAAAACCUACAGCAUGAGAACAGCUUUCCACAUCUACAUGCUGAACCUGGCCAUCUCCGAUUUGCUCUUCAUCUGCACUCUCCCCCUGCGAGUGGUCUACUACGUCAGGAAAGGACAGUGGUUUUUUGGCGACUUCUUGUGCAGAAUCAGCUCCUACGUCUUCUACGUCAACCUGUAUUGCAGCAUUUUCAUUCUGACAGCGAUGAGCUUCUCUCGCUUCCUGGCAAUAGUCUUCCCAGUGAAAAACCUAAAGUUUGUGUCCAUAAAGACAGCCAAAUGGGUCUGUGUUGGAAUAUGGCUGUUUGUCACUCUGACAAGUUCACCUUUCCUUAUGUCAGGUUCAUACAAAUAUGGAAAUACGACAAAGUGCUUUGAGCCCCCUCCUUCCAAUAAAAGGAAGUUAAUGGUGCUCAUUCUCAACUAUAUCUCCCUGACCAUUGGCUUCAUCAUUCCAUUUCUCAUCAUACUGUUUUGCUAUACUAUGAUAAUAAGGACAUUGCUGAAAAACUCUCUAAAGAAACAGCAGGCUUCCAGAAAGAAAGCAAUCCGGAUGAUAAUUAUUGUAAUGUCCGUGUUCUUUCUAAGUUUCAUGCCCUAUCACAUCCAGCGGACAAUACACCUUUAUGCAGUUUCGAGUAAAAGUGAUUGUAGUACGCAGGUCUGGGAGCAGAAGAAGGUUGUUAUAACACUGGCCCUUGCAGCCUCUAACUGCUGCUUCGAUCCCAUGCUUUACUUCUUCUCAGGUGAAAACUUUCGAAGGAGACUUUCUACCUUUAGAAAACAGUCAGUUACAAGUAUCUUCCAGGACGCGAAAAGGAAAAAGUCGGAAAGCUUACACGAGAAGUCUGAAGUAGUUCCUGCCCUGGAGAAACAGUACAGCGAUGAAAGUUAGGUUGGCGCAUGAACGUUACAUUUGCAGAUGUCCAGGUUGACAACUACUUCUAUACAAAUCAAAUAAGGUUACGGAAUGCACUCUCAGAGCUGAACAAAUUGGCAAAAAGAUCAUAACCAUUAUGAUAGCAUUGCCCUAUUGACUUAGUUUUCAAAUCAAUUUUAAUUUGCCGCCCUGUCAACAUGCUCAAAGAAAAUUUUUUCGAUAGAUUAUCAAAAAGAUAUCCUUGGAGUAGCCCACUCAACUGAUUCAGUGCUGUAGCACCAGUUGAUAUUAAAUAUAAACCUGCAUGCAUUGAAUCAAUUAAGCUACGGGAGGAUUUGUUUCAUGGGUACAGGUCUAAAUACAUGGUACUGAGCCACCGAGCCUCAGGAGUGGGUUUACAGGAACCAUCAAACAGUAUGUGGGACGUUUUUGGCUGCAUAUUUCAAAUGGAAAAAUGUAGCACUAGCACCUUUCUUGUUCACUUAGCUAGAAAGUAGCAGUAACAUACCUUAAUGUGUUACAUACUUCAGGGAUAAUUCAAAGGAUAAACUGUGACAAACCUAUGCUGAUAAUAGAUUAUUGUUGCUGCACAUUUCUUUAUUUGUUCUUCUUAGGACAAAUAUGCUACACAAUAUGUCAUAGCUGCCGUGUAUAAGCAUAUUGCACUGUUAUAUUUUGCAAUCUCAGGAUAAGUUGCAUCCACUCCGCCUGGUGUGAUAAAUGCACCAUAUAUGUUUUGGGAGUCUAGAUAAAUAAUUAGGUAUUUAAUAGGAAAAUGAAUAUGUCUAGCAAAUGGAAGAAGGUCCAAUGAAGGCUUGGAGUAUGCAGCUAGAACCUUGGCACUAAACCAGUAAAUUCCUAGAAGAUACUGUAGCAGGAUCUGGGUGGUGUUCCAGCUCUACUCCAACCUUUAGUUUCAAACUAUGUUGGUUAUGUUACCGCAAAGAUAGGAAAACAAAUAUAAUAUAGACAAGGUGUAAAUAAAACAAACAUACACUCAAUGUGAUAUACAGUAUGUUCACAGUUUCUUAAGGUGUGUACACAUGGUGAUAUCCUUGCUAUGCCCGAUUUUGACUAUGCGAUUUUGCUUGAACUCCCCCAGAGCCCAGAUAGCACAGAUAGUACAGAUUUUGACUACCUAUGCUUCAGAUUUUGUUUAUGUACGAUUUUGACUAAGUGCCAAUUUUGACUAUACUUUAUACUAGAUAGCAGUGACGUGCGGUGGGGUGAGGCAGGUGAGGCAGAGCCUUUCCUGUCAUACUAACGUCUGUGCUAGAGUUUAUACUGUAUAAAGUAUAUGAAAAAUACAAAGAAUAUGUUAAAAAUAUCUUCUUUGUAUUAUUCUAAUCAUUUUUAUAGUCAAAUCUCUGAAAUAAAAAGUCUAUGGCAGGUGAGGCAGUGCCUCACCUGCUUACCUUUUAAGCCCAUCUCUGAUCAAAACCAACCAAAUUUCCGGAGUUUAUACCUUUGCACCUGUAUAUAAUGCCCACAUACACCAUUUUGCUCAUAUAUUGUGUGUAUAUCUGGCUUUGGUACUAACCAGUGCCUCCUGAGAAAAUUACCUCUCCACAUGUCCCUGCUAGAUAGUACAGUAGAUAGUCAAGAUUGACUUGCCUGCACGGUCUGUCUAGCCUUACGAUACCAACGCCAUUUGAGCGCGCAUCGGGAUCAAAUCUGUAUCACAAGCUGCCUAACACCAUGAGAUAUGCACUAACUUUCCUUAAGCUUUUGACUAUAUAGUCAAAAUCUUACAGAUUUAUCUCACUGUGUGUACACACCUUAAGAUGUAAUCAAGCCUUGGUAAUAUUGCAGUUACCCGCCAGUUAUUGUAGAAUUCAACAAUGUCUUAUAGACCUUCUGGUGGGUUGUCCUCAGGAUGCUCAAGGAGGGUUACAGAAAAAAAAACCAAUAUUGUGUCUACUAUAGUGUAUGGUGAAUGCGAUAAAAUUAAUCCUUCAGGAUCAAACUCAUCCUUUAUCACUUUGGACAUUCAUUUAUAACCUCUAUGUCGGUGUUGUAGAAAUGGAGUAAGGUCCUUUUAUCUCAUCACAGAGAGGUGUAAGGACAUAAAUAACUUAGAGUACUAGGGUCUAUUUAGAAAAAGCGGUGUCUAAUUAGGGGUAGUUGUCCCAAUUUAAGAAAAGACUCCCUAUAUAUAAAAAUAUAUUCAUAUUUAUUCAAAGCUAAAAUGAACUUCAACAUUAAAGCAUAAAAUAAUUGCAUUUGGCAUAUAUGUAAUAUAGAUAUGGAAUAAUAGAGAAAAACAAAUGCAGGGAUGAAUGGGAACAGGAUAACCUCAAAAUAGCUGCAACGCAUUUCGCUGAUCUCUGCCUCCUUAAGCAAGUGAUAAGAUUGUUCAGCAAAAAUUAAAAAAUAUAUUUAUGAAUGAGUAUAUUGAGGCAUAUUUCUGAUUAAUAUACUGUAUAGUCAAAAGAAAACUAUAACUAAAUCCCAAUAUAACUACUGACAGAUCUGGAGAAAGAAGUACCUGAAUCCAUUGAAGUUGGUAAAAUGUUGGGUAUAGCUCGUCAGUGUUCAACAAGGGAUUGUGUACAGUAAAUGACCUGAUGUGGGUCACUCAGGACUAUUUACAGUAUACAAGAAUGUAGUUGUGUAUGACUUUUUAUUACCCACUCUAAGGGGGGAAUUCAAUGGCUAAUUGAUCCUCAGGGAGUAAUUCAGUUAUCCCCGAUAGCCAACAGUUAUCAGUUAGCCCCGAAAGCCAAAAAACAAAACACAAUUAUCAGAGAUUUUGUUUCACCUGCCUUCGGGCAAGUGAAACAAAAUCCCUGAUAAUUGUGUUUGGGUUUUUUUGCAUCCCGCGAUCAUAAAAACACAGAGAUUUGGGAUAAGUUCCUGGAUUCCUUUUUUUUGUAUGCUAAAAUAAGCAUGUGAAAAAAGGGGGGUAAUUGAACUGCCUAAUAAUGACCAUCAGCCAAAAAUUAAGAAAACCCCUUUUUUUUGUGUGAAAAAAUACCAAAUUAAAUUGAAUUCCCCUUUGAGAAUGUUAGAUGUUUGAGCUGAUUUUACUGCAGUUUGCAAUUUGUGAUCCAUGUUCUAUUUGAAGUAUCUAUAUAAAAACAUCAAACAAGACAGAAUACUGUUUACAUUUUCUUUGUUGAAGGACAUAGUUUCUCACACUUGAGGUUUCACAAGAAAAUUGCAGCUUCCAGUAAACACAGCGUAACUACUAUAUAACACUGGACAUUCCUUCCUUCUUAUCUACAAAUUAGCUUUUACCAUAAAUCAUUUCCUGUACAUUGUGAAAGUACAAUUUGAUGGAUAUGUGUUGACGCUGGUGAUCUAUGCUUUGAAAUCUGAAUUUCCAUUAUUCUAAAAAAAAAAAUAACCCACAAACAAAACAUUUGUUAAAACCUAUAGUAAAGCCAUCUACUAAAUAUCCUUAUUUAUAGCCUACUUUCCCCACCCACUGCUGGUGAAAUUAUGUAGUAUGUAGUAAUUGUGUGUGACAGUAAGUUCACCAUCUCUAAUUAUAUUUAUACUGUAGCUCCCACCACUGACUGACUCCCCCUUGGUUUUGUACUGGGGAGUCUAUUUAACCCAUCUGUGAAUGAAAUUACACGAACAAAAAAUAUAUAUGUUAAAAAUUGUACUGCUAAAAAUAAGUAUUUUAAAAUGUAAUCUAAAAAAAACAUUCAAGAUUAGCUUCAUAUUAAAGGGUGCAUAAUCAAGGUCCGACCAUCAAAGUGGGAGACCCAUAACAUAAUACACGAACAUUCCUGGAGGGAAUGAAUGGACUCUCCAGACUAGCACAUUCAGUGCUACACAAUUACCAAAAAUGUAUUCAAAAAAAUAUAAAUGAACAUACCAGGUCCAAAAACACAAGACGUUUCGGUCCCAAUUCCGCCAACUGGAGCAAUAAGGUAGCAGUAAAGGAAAACACUGGGAAUUUUUGUAUAUUAGCUUUAUAUUAUAUAUAAUGAUUUUUGUGUGGUAGCUUGUUUUGUGGAUAUUAAAAUGCUUUAUUUACAUAUUUGGGUAGUUUGAUGGAGACUAGCCUGGUGGAUUAUUAAGUAUUCCGGCUUCAGGUCAGUAGUUUGGGGACAGCAUAGCAAUGCUCACUUGCUAUAACUUUCCUUUUUAUUUAAUUUUUUUUGUUUUUAUUUUCUUUUUAAAAUGUAGUCAGAAAGGUCAUUUAUUGUUAUGAAAAGUGGUGAUAAAACACAUUAUUUUUUUGUCUUGUUGAGGCAGCAUACUUCUUUUUUUAUCCUAGUGAAAUAAUGAUAAACUGGCACUUAUGUGCACUAGGCAGAACCAUACACUUAAGUUGGUCUAAUACAAUGUUUAAGUACAAAGCGCCAAGUUAAAUUGAUUUGUGUAAAGAAAGGGAACACAUUCCAUUGUUCGCACAGAAGGUAUCGGGGGGUGUGGGGGGGGGAGGGGUGGAAACGUAUUUAUGUUUCACAAUGAUAUUUAUCACAAGCAAUGCUGACCAGACUAGGGACAAUUUCAGCAAAUUAGGCUAAUGUUGUACAGUAUUGUAUGGCUAUAAGCUAUUGGUAUGUCCAAGUGUAAUAUAAUAGCAAUAGUCAGUUUAUAUACAAAUUACAUAUGUUGAGUCUAUUAGCAGAUAGAUGGUACUGUAGACGCCCUCUGCAACACUUCCAAAAGUCUACUAAACAGAAAUAAGUAAAUAGGUUGUGUCUUGCAUGUGGCCCAAUUCAAAUUAAGGCACAUGUAUGAACAACAUACAAGCUACUGUAUGUAUGACACAUGCUGCAGUGUGAGAAAGAUGGAAUCUACAUGCAUAGUAGGUUUUAUUAAGGGUAUAGACCAGAAAGUUGUGGGUCCUAAUUGAACAUUUCGAAGGGGCACCCACCCCAGUGCUUCUAGGGGACACCUCUCUCUGCAGCAAAUGUUCAAUUGAUGUCCACAGAAGUGUCUUAGUUAAUGUUAUGCCCCAUAGUAUUGCCCUAGUUCACAUUACACCAAACAGUGCCUCCAGUUCACAUUAUGUCACAUUGUAGUGCCCUCAUUUCACAGUUUGUCACAUUGUACAGUAGUUCCCUCAUUUCACAUUAUGUCACAUUGUAGUGUUGCCUGUACACAUUAUGCCACACAGUUCACAUUAUGGCAUGCAAUGUCCGCAGUUCACAUUAUGCCACAAAGUGUCCCCAGUACAUAUAUUGCCAAAUUGAAGUUCCCACCACUUCAUAUUAUGGCACAUUAUAGUACACCAAAUACAGAUUAUGCCAUAUUACAGUGCCCCAGGUUAUUUUAUACAACCUCAAAGUGCCCCCAGUUCAUAUUGUGCCACAUUAGUUCAUAUUAUGUAACUACAUUCUGAUGCAGGAAAUUCCACUUUGAGUUUCGUAAUUUCAGCACAUUGCCUUUCCGGGACAGUCCUAAUCUCGAGAUCAAGCUCCACCCCCCACCCCUCCCAACUCAAUACACAAAGGCUGUAUUCAUGAAGACGCCUAUUUUAUCACUGAUUAGCUAAACUGUGCCUAUGAGAAUUGAAUUGGUGGGUGGGAGAUGGAUCGAAUCAGUAUGGAGAGCGGGAGACAGAGACCAUCAGCUAUAUGAUGGCUAAUGAGUCCCCUUUUCUCAGGCUAGGCAAUGGGCUACACCAAAUUGCUUAGCAGCCAAUUAUUUAAAACUUGGUAGACAACUACUGUGUAUGACCUUGGUCCAGGGCUCCCUCAAGCCUCUUGUCCCCUUAUCAAAUGCACCACCUACACUGAUAUUUACAGCAGUAACCUGUAAAAAAUAAGGUCCCAAUGUCCCUUCACUCUUAUAAUUAAUUUAAGACAUACAGUAAAAAUAACUAAGCAAUAUUUUAGAAGAAUAAAUUAUAAUUUGAAUGUACAGUAAGAGCAGUUCCUGAAGUGAUGGUAAAAGGGUCGUUAACAAAAAUUCAUGAAAGCGGUUUCUAAACUUUUUAUAUGCGAGUGGGGCACCAAGGAGAAUUUUGUUGUUUAUAGUGAGUUUAUUAUUGAUAUUAAAAUAUUAACGUCUAUGACAGGGGUUCUCAAAUGCGGUCCUCAAGGCACUUCAACGGUCCAGGUUCUAGGUAUAUCCAUGGCUCAGUACAGAUUGUUAAAUCAAACUGACUGAGGUGCUAAUUAAGUCAUCUCUGGCCGAACAUGGAUAAACUUAUAACCUGGACCAUUGGGUGUCUUGAGGACCAAGUUUGAGAACCACUGGUGUAUGAUUGUACACAAUCCUAGCCAUUCCCAUUUACAUGUGAGAUGUCACAGAUAUCCACAUGCACAAAUUGCUUAAGUCUAGGAGGUUUCAUUAAACUGAAUUUUCUUUGGGAAAAGGCUACAAUUUAUUUAACUUAUUUAAAUAAUAGUUAAAAAUGACAAAACCUGACACCCAAAUGAAAUUUUCAUCUGAGAUCUUCAUAUUGUUGAUAGUCAAACAAGUCGUAGAAUGUAUUUGCUGGUAUAUGUCACUGCCGUACAUGUUCUGUUACCAAACGUAUUUACAGUAUAUGGUAUUACAAAAUCCUGUAUUGUUAGUAUGCUUAUGGAGUCUGAUUCAUGUUUGUAGUGCUGGGUAUACAGAGUCAGAUAAAAUGCCUGUCUGACUGACCGGCAUUUUACCUGACCUUGCUAAUUUCCGGGACAUAUCUCACAGUGUAUGUCACGUGAUAUCAUCGAUCCGCCCAACGGGAAGGAGACAUUUCCUCCCAUGUGAAGGAACAGGGGAAUAUCUGUCGUCGACCAUGGUGGGUCAUACACUGCCCAAUGUGGCUAACCAAGCACUUACAAAAUAUCAAAUCAGAGGGACAUGCUGGCCAAUCCGGCAUGCCUGACCAAUCAAUUUUUUGGGAUCGCUCUCCCGCAUACAUGCUGAAAUUAUCUGGCCAAUCUGCUAAUAUCCGGUGGAUCGGCCAGAUAAUUCUAACUUGUAUGCCCAGCAUAAGCAGAGCAAAAAAGCACACAACCUGGGCAAAGCCAUGUUGCACUGCAGGUGAGGCAGAUGUGGUUUGGGGCUGGGUGACCAGCGGUGGGGAUGCCGGUGGUCAGCAUACCAGCCCUAUGAUCUCGGCCACAGAAUGCCGGAAGGGGGAGGGGCGAGCGCAACAAAGCCCUUUGCAGGAAUGGUGGCUCACUGCGUUCACCACAGGUUCUAUUCCCACUCUAUGGGUGUCGUGGACACCCAUAGAGUGGAAAUAGUCCCUGUUAGUCGGCAUGCCGACUGUAGGGUUUUUGAUCGCUCGGGACCCAGGUGUCGCCGGGAUCCCGAGCGCAGGUCACAUGACGGGAUCCCGCAGAUGUAACAUGUGCCGGGAGAUUUAGAUUUGGUUGGGUCAUAUUGUUUCUGUACAGGGUAAAUAAUAGAUACUUUUGCAAGUAGCCCACAAAUGUUAGACAGCUUUAUUUUUUACACUGCAAUUAAGAUUUCAGUUUAAACUCACCCCAUCCAAAUCUAAAUCUCUCUGCACAUGUUACAUCUGCCACUUCUGUAGUGCAAUAUAGUUUUGCCCAGUUGUUUGCCUUUUUGCUUUGCUUACAAACAUGAAUCAGGUCCAUUGAGUAUGUGUCGAGAAAGACACAAUGGUUGAACACAAAAAGGGUUUAUUUAAUACAGUAGUGUAAAUGAACCAAAUGUGGUAUAAUAUGUAGCAACCAAUAGCACAGACUGGUGUACUAUUAGUUGAAUGAAUAAUGUGGAGUACUAUAUAGUACAUUUGUGUUAUAUACUGUAUGCACAAUAAUAUUGAACAGGAUCUAAAGGCCAGUACUCACUGGCCGAUGCGGGAGAGAUGUGUGCUGAACGAACCGCUCAGCACACAUCUCUCUCACCGCUCAGCACAGCGCAAUGUGUGCUGAGCUUGUGGGGGGAGACGGGGGGGAGGGCGCUCAUUUCACCCGCUGGGUGGCAGGCCAAUCUAGCAGCAGCGAUAGCGAUGCGGGUGGCUGCGCAUCGCUAUCGCUGUAGGGGGUACACACGGAGUGAUCAGUCUUAAAAUCUAAGCAAUCUAGUCAGAUUGCUUAGAUUUUAAGCAGUGAUCGCUCCGUGAGUACCCCCCCCCCCCCCCCUUAAGGUAUUUCCUGCCUUUGCUAAAAGAUAUACAAAUAUUGGCCCUCAUUCCGAGUUGUUCGCUCGGUAUUUUUCAUCGCAUCGCAGUGAAAAUCCUCUUAGUACGCAUGCGCAAUGUUCGCACUGCGACUGCGCCAAGUAACUUUACUAUGAUGAAAGUAUUUUUACUCACGGCUUUUUCUUCGCUCCGGCGAUCGUAAUGUGAUUGACAGGAAAUGGGUGUUACUGGACGGCGUUUCAGGGGCGUGUGGUUAAAAACGCUACCGUUUCCGGAAAAAACGCAGGAGUGGCCGGGGAAACGGUGGGAGUGCCUGGGCGAACGCUGGGUGUGUUUGUGACGUCAACCAGGAACGACAAGCACUGAAAUGAUCGCACAGGCAGAGUAAGUCUGGAGCUACUCUGAAACUGCUAAGUAGUUAGUAAUCGCAUUAUUGCGAAUACAUCGGUCGCAAUUUUAAGAAGCUAAGAUUCACUCCCAGUAGGCGGCGGCUUAGCGUGUGUAACUCUGCUAAAUUCGCCUUGCGACCGAUCAACUCGGAAUGAGGGCCAUUAUUUUUAUAUCUUAGUUUGUAGAAUUCUUUUAAAUUAAGUUAUUUACAAUAAUGUAGGUUUUUAACAAAAAACGUUUGGCAUGAACAUAAAAUAGGUAUUCUAUAUUUGUAAAGGUCAGAGUACUGUGAUUGUCGAAUACAAAUUAAAAACCAAAGUAAAUGCUUAUCUGUGGUGCGUAAUACUGUUCACGUGAAACUGUUUUAUUGUAAAUAAGAUAUUCACUUUAUAUAACAAAAAUAACAUCUAUAUAUAUCUCGAUAAAUACUACUCCUGUGCAUUAUGCCAUCUGAGGGUGUAUUAAAGAUUAUUUAUGUGAA